GCCAGUGUGGCCCCAAACAUCCCCCCCCCCCCUUCUCCGCUUGCCCUCUUCCCCCUCUCCCCUUUCCGCCUUUUCUCCCUCCUUUACUCCCAGGCCCAGCCCCGUCGGAUGCCCGCAGGCGACCGCGCUAUCGCCACUCACAAUGCCCCCGAAGAAGAAUGCCUACGUGCCACGGAAGGCCACCGUCGUUGAGCCCCCCCCGUUGGCCUUUCCUCCGAUGCCGAACAUGCCCCUGCCCCAGGACCCGGAGUGCUUGUCGGACACCGGGGCCGGCGUCCCCCUGCCGGGCAUCCUGCGUCAUGCGCAGUUUAUCCGCAUUAACAUGCGCUACUCGCCGUACCACCUGUCCUCGCUGACGGCCGAGGUGGCGGCCGAGCGAUCCGCCAAAUCGGCCCAGGGGUCCGGCUUUUCUUUUGCCUCACAGACGUCCGAGCUACCACCCGAGCGCAAGAUCGAGAUGUACCUGGACCGUUUCGAGCUGGACCCGUCGGCCGCAUAUGAUCGGCUGCAUUCGAUUCGCACCGCGCCGUGGACCCUGCCGGAGGAGCUGCGCAUCGCGCACGCACGCGGCGCCCACCGGGCACGCGCUCAGGCCGAGCGGGCAGCCCUCAUCCGCGCUCGGAUUGCCGCGCGUCAGCAGGAGCAGAUGGCUCGCCUCGGCGAGCUGACCGAGAUGGAGCGCAGCGGUGCCAAUCUGGACGACUUGGACGUCGGCUCCGAAGAGGAGGAAGUCGACGAGAAUGGCGACCCGAUUGUUGAAGAGGAGGAGGAUGACGAUGACGAAGACAACGACUAUGUCGAGGACUACGGAGACUUUGAGGAUGGUGCCGACGACUUUGAUGACUACAAUGACGGCGGUGAUGAUGGCGCUGUCUAUUGACACGCGCAUGCGUGCGCAGCCGGCGUGCGCCCUACCCCAAGGCAAUACACCAACACCCCUCCCUUGA